GCUGCGAGCGCCACACGUAAUGGAGUCGCUCCAGUCGCGAUUUUAUGAUCGGUUGGGAGGCUUAUCGCGCACAAUAAUUUUGCACAGUGCGAUUCCUCGACACAUUACGUUUCCUCUCGCUGACAUUCCGUCCGAUUUUUCGUGAGCGCGUCUUCGCGUCAACCGGUGAUUGCGAUGUACUUGCUCUAAGCUCGCCCUUGCAAGGCAUAUGACAUUUGCUGAUCGAGACCUGUACUUGUGUCUCGCCAUUUUUGUCUGUCGUUGUCCCGAGAACGGUUUCAGAGAACGAGAUCUCUGUUGUAUUUUUGUCGCGUGAAAACAAUCGUAAGAGUGAUCUUCUCCGAAAUUGCGAGGCUCCAGUAUUGGUUCCGCGUAAAAAUCAAUUUUUUAUUCUCCACAAUUCUGACGGUUUGACCCACAAGAGAAAGAGAGAGAGAGAGAGAGACCGGUCUCUUUCGGCGAGGAUCUCCGCAGGACCUCUCAAAGAUAUCCCAGGAUAUAUAUUCUAAGGAUUUCUCCGAGAUAUUUUAGCAGUCUCCCCGAUCCACGUGCCGGUGGGAUGCUACAUUGAAGCAAAGCGGUGGCAAUCUUGCAUGGACCAUUCGCAAGAUAAAAAAAUCGAAAACAUAGGCAGAAUGACGGCGAUGACGCAGGAGGAAAUCGUAGCCGGUGCACGAACAGUCGCUCAAGGCCUGGAAGCUCUUCGAGUCGAGCACGGUGGCUUGCUGCAGGGCUUGCAGUCUCAAGACGCACCAGCUGCCCGCGACAAGGCUAGUCUGUUAUCCAAGAUCAUCGAAAUGAUCGACUUGGGCUUAGGCGAGGCGCAGGUAAUGCAGGCGCUGGCGAGUCAUCUGCAAAUGGUGGAGGCGGAAAAGCAAAAGCUGAGGACACAAGUGAAGAGGCUGUGCCAGGAGAAUGCCUGGCUGAGGGAUGAACUCGCUGGUACUCAACAGAAGUUGCAAGCGAGCGAACAAGCUGUCGCUCAGUUAGAAGAAGAAAAGAGGCACUUAGACUUCAUGGCCAGUAUGCGGCAAUAUGAUCCGGAUCCGUCGACAGAGGAUGAAAACGCUAAGGAUCGACCAAAGGACGAUCCCGUGGUGGAUCUCUUUCCGGAUGAUGAUGCGGAUGAUCGUAAUAGCAAAUCCAUAUCUCCGACUCCGCCAUCGCAGUUUGCCCAACAAGUAAAUGCUGGCUACGAGAUACCGGCGCGUCUGCGCACAUUGCAUAAUUUAGUAAUUCAGUAUGCAAGUCAAGGCCGUUAUGAAGUAGCAGUUCCUUUAUGCAAACAAGCAUUGGAAGACUUGGAGAAGACUUCCGGCCAUGAUCAUCCUGAUGUGGCAACCAUGCUGAAUAUCCUUGCUCUCGUAUAUCGAGAUCAGAAUAAAUACAAAGAGGCCGCGAAUCUCUUGAACGAUGCGUUAGCGAUUCGAGAGAAAACAUUGGGUGAGAAUCAUCCUGCAGUGGCAGCGACUCUGAACAAUCUGGCGGUGCUAUACGGAAAACGAGGGAAGUACAAAGAGGCUGAACCUCUAUGCAAGCGAGCGUUGGAGAUCCGCGAGAAGGUGCUAGGUCGCGAUCAUCCGGAUGUUGCGAAGCAGUUAAAUAAUCUAGCACUGUUGUGUCAAAAUCAGGGCAAGUACGAGGAGGUGGAACGCUACUAUCAGCGUGCGCUCGAGAUUUACGAGGCUAAGCUAGGUCCAGACGAUCCGAACGUCGCUAAAACGAAAAAUAAUCUCGCAUCUUGUUACUUGAAGCAAGGAAAAUACAAGGAUGCCGAAGUGCUAUACAAACAGGUGCUCACUAGAGCACAUGAGAGAGAAUUCGGCGCCAUCGAUGGCGACAACAAGCCAAUCUGGCAGGUAGCUGAAGAGAGGGAAGAAAAUAAGCACAGAAACAAAGAGAACACACCAUACGGCGAAUACGGCGGUUGGCACAAAGCUGCGAAGGUGGAUUCUCCCACGGUCACUACCACUUUAAAGAAUCUUGGCGCACUUUAUCGAAGGCAGGGCAAAUAUGAGGCCGCGGAAACGCUUGAAGACUGCGCCAUGAGAUCUCGAAGAGAGGCGUUGGAGCUGGUAAACAAGGCGCGAGUGGCGCAACUGCUAGGUGAUGAGAAGAGUUCCACUAGACGCGGCUCGCGGUCAAGUUUAGCCAACAGCGAGCACGAGCAGAGCCACGAGGAGGCGAAUAGCUCGUUAGUGCAAAGGGCGCUAAACGAAGGACAAUCGGCAACAGGCAGCAGCCAGCAUCAACACGACGCUAGUCCUAAUAAACCCGGUUUUAAAAACAAGAUCUUCCAAGCUUUCGGCAUUCAUACAUCAUCUACGUAGGCUAAGCGGAUCCCGUUUUCUCUUGAUCUUUUAUUCCGCCUGUAUCGUUAGAUUCGUUCUCUUCAGCUGCGUUUUCUAUAUUUUCUCUCAGUUUUUAUCUCCUUUCUUUUUUUUCUUCAAAGCUUGAUUAUGAUAUCAAUUUUAUUUUGAAUAAAUGAAAAUAUAACAUAACUCUGAAGAGAACGGAACUAUUAUAAAUGUAAUGUAACACUAAAGAAAACGGAUCUAUUUCAAAUGUAAUAUAAAUUAACGAAGACAAAUCUAUGUUAUGCUUUUGUCCGUUAUCAAUUAACGAUUUUCUCGGUAGGGCGUCAUUAAAUAGAUAGAUAUAUAGAACUUUAUCGAAUGAGCAAUUUUUUGAAUGAGGUUUGUAAAGAGAAAGGUAUAUUUAAUUUCAGUCCUCAAAGCUACCAUAUCUGGCAAUUAUUCGUAUUGAUCAAUUAAUUUUUUGAUAUCUCUUAGUUAUAAAGUAAAAGCAAAAUAUAAAAAAUUAUUAAAAUAUUUAAAAGAUAAUUAAAUUAAUUAAAUUUGAAGUGCAAUGUGUGUUAACAUUGAAAGUAUUAUAGAGAGAAUAAAGUAUUAAUUUUACGAUUUGUUGUGUAAACUCUAAAAAUUUUACAAUGAUCUUGGGGGAUCUAUCAAAUUAUUAUAAUUUAUCACAAUUAUUUUCAUAUAUAAAAAUAAUUCUCUUUAUGCAUAUGCGUGAUGCAAAUUUGUGUAGAUACAAGACUCUUAAACAACAUUAUGAAAGAAUUAUAACUAGUGUUAAAAUAAAACCUUAAGAAAAAAUUGAAAUUGAACGUUAAAACAAUAUUAAGAAAGAAUUAGAACUAAACACUUAGUGUAGAUGAAGUUUUCCAAACGAGAGUACUUUAGUAUAAAAUUAUUUUGUGAGGUUCCUCGAAUUAUCAAUGAUAAUACGGCGAUUGAUAGUUUAUUUUGAGAAUUUUAUUUAACAAGUCUAUGUAGUAUAUCAAUAUUUAUUUCUUUUCAGCAUAUAUGUGUUUUCUUGCACACUCUGUAAGUUUUUUUUUUUUCUUUUUUCUUUUUGGAGAGACGAUAAAGUGACGAUGCAUUUCUCUUUAUUUGUAUGUAUGUGCAUGUAUAUAUACACAUGUAUGUGUGUAUAUAUAUAAUAUAUGUGUGUGUGUGUGUGUCUGCGUGUGUCUGUGUGUGUGUGACUGUCUGUGAUAUUAAGCAUGUAAGAAAGUUUUUGACUAUGGGUUUGUGCAAACGUAUAUUCACAUAGAUUGAAACUUUCUUACGUAUUUUAGCAUUAGAUAGUCAUAUGCAGGCUAUAAAACAUCGUUCUUCGAUUAUAGGAUAUUCUAUAUAAAUUGCAUUUACAUGAGACUAAUCUUUCAGAUAGAUUUCUGCUCACAUCAUGGAUAUAAGAAAUAACUGGACUGUGACUGUAAUCUGAUGCGAGAUGUAUGAUAACGAGGAACAUACCAAGUCGUAUAAAUUAUUAGACACACAAAUACGUGAAAUUUAAUAUUGUAAUGAGCGCAUAAAAUAUUUGAAAUUCCAAAUGACGUACAUUGAUAUUAAUAUAAGAUGUAUAAAUAUUUUUAUACAAUGUUUUAUAAGGAAAUAUCGAAAACUGGUAUAUUUACUUUCAUUGCGCUUUUUUGAAAUUAUAUCAGAAACUGUGUAAUGUGAUAUAGUUUAUUACAUUUUCUAUUUCGUUUUUUUUUUUUUUUUCAUUUAAUUAUACUUGUUCUUGCUUGGAGCCACUUUACAGCCAAUCCAGUCAUUUUCUUACGUCUAUAACUCACAUAAGCAAACUGCAACAAUUGAACAUAUUCGGCACGUUGUAUUUAACUAGAAGAAAAAAAUGAACGAAAUCAGAAAUUGAUAGAAAUUGAAAAGUAGAAAAUUUAUUUUAAAAAAUAUCUUAAUAGAGAGACGUUAAUAGAAUGCGAUUCUAUUUUUUACCUGCAAAAAACACAAUUUAUCAUAUUAUGAAGCUUUAUUCUUUCUUUCAUACCACAUGCCUUGAUAGAGAGAACAUCUUUACCUUUCUUUUUCGACAUAAUUCGAUGAAACAAUUCAUAUGUCAUUCAAAAGUAUGUAGUAUUAUGCUAUAUAGCUGCUUUGCUUAACUAUAUAAUGCGGUAUAGAUUCGCAAAGACGACAUAAUUUUCCAAAGAGAGAAAUGACAAAAUAUAUUAAGAAAUAAAUGGCUUCGAUAAAUAUAAUAGAAAAAGAUGUCUUACAUAAUAAUUUUCUCAAUAUAUUCUGAUUUUUACAUAUUGUAAUACAAUUACACGAUGAGAUGUUUACGAUACAGUUUAAAUAAAAAUCGAAAUCCAUUGUGUGAAUAUCAUCGAAAAUACGUAUUUUAAUUUUUUUAAAGUUAAACAGAGGAUAUAUAGAACAUAUUGUAACAAAUGUAUCUUUUCUGAUUUUUAUUCGAUUUGUAUCGUAAAGAUUUCUUUCCAGUUUGCAAUACAAUAAUAUAUAUCCAAUGUAAAUAUCUACGAUAACUGCAAACGUACAUCUCGGAUGUCUGUGCGUUGUAAAAAUAUCGAUUUUUAAAAAUUCAAAAUGUGACUUUCGGCGAUACUCUCAUUGCAAUUUAUGUAAGAUUUAAAACAAGAUUGUAGCAAUCUCUUUAAACUUAUGGCACAUAUUGGGUGUUUGGAAGAUAUAUUUUAUUAAUAGCCAUAGAUAUAUUUAUACAUUUUUUUUACAGAGAGAAAAAUAUAUUUUAAAUAUAGUUUGGAUAAAUAUAUAUUGAAGAUAUUAGAAAUAUACUUGAAUUAUAUGUGAAAUAUAUUUUACAGAGUGGCAAAAAACGAUGUAGGCAAUAUUUCUUAUAAGAUCUCAAUGGUGCAUAAAAGAAAGAAAAAAAACUAAUACUUUUUUUGUUGACUUUUGCGUUGAGAGACAUCAAAAGUAAAGUGAUUUUGAUCGAAAAUGAUGAUUUUUAUAUAUUAUAUGAAGCGACAUUUAUUUUUUUAGAUAGAAAAUAAUUUGUUACAUAAUCUAAUAAUUAUUUUAUCCUUGAUUAAGUUAAUGAUGGAAAGCUAAUGAUGUGACAAAAGUAAUGAAGGUAGUGCCUUGAGACUUUAAUAAAUGAUAAAUAAAUUAUUUUCGAACGGA